CGACACUUAGGUGCAGUGAUUGGGACAGAGCUAUAUAAGAAGGAGUACGUGGGAGACAAAGUAGCUGAAUGGGUGAAGGAAAUAGAAGCUUUGUCUGCCAUUGCCAAGACUGAGCCACACGCUGCCUAUUCAGCGUACACCCACGGCAUCCAACAUCGGUGGACGUUCCUGAUGCGCACCAUCCCCGGCAUUAGUCCACUCCUACGACCACUGGAAAAUGCCGUCAAGAAUGUAUUCUUGCCGGCGCUGGUGAAAUCUCAUGCUUUGGGGGAGGAGGAGAGGGAUAUGCUAGCACUUCCCCCAAGACUGGGUGGAAUGGGGAUCACCAACGCUGAGAAGCUGGCUGAUAAGGAGAACCAAAACUCCAUCAGCCUUACCAGGUCACUCAUCAACAGGAUCAUCGCUCAGAAGGCAGAGGGCGAGAUAGACCAAACAGAAAUAAGAGAUAUUAAAAGAAAAAUCUCAGAAGAAAGGCAACAGGCCCAAAAAGACGAGCUGGACCGUCUUACACACCACCUGUCCACAGAAAUGGGUAGAAAAAUACACACAGCACAGGAGGCAGGCGCCUCUAACUGGCUAACGUCAUUACCAAUCAGAGCAAAGGGCUUCAGCCUCAACAAACAAGAAUUUGUCGACACCAUUGCUCUGAGAUAUGGCUGGCCGAUUGAGGGACUGCCUGAUCUCUGUGCAUGUGGAUCAGCAAAUGAUGUCACCCACACCAUGACAUGUAAAAAAGGAGGCUUCGUCUGUAUUCGACACGAUGAAGUGAGGGAUCUGACAGCCAGCAUGCUCGGGAAGGUAUGCCAAGACGUCACUACCGAGCCGGCACUGCUUCCCCUGGACGGCGAACACCUUCGGUACAGGACAGCCAAUACCUCACAGGAGGCACGGGUUGAUGUAAGUGCCCGCGGAUUCUGGGUGCGCGGACAGCGGGCGUUCAUGGACAUCCGCAUAUUCGACCCGAUGGCUGCCUGUCACCGUGAGCUGCCCCUGCAAGCCGCCCACCACAGGAACGAGCAGGAGAAGACAAGGGCAUACGGUGAAAGAAUCCAACAUGUGGAUCAGGGCAGCUUCACCCCCCUCGUCUUCACCAAAUCCGGCGGGAUGGGUCCCAGGGCCCAAUGCUUCUACGCACGCCUCGCGGAACUAAUCUCAGAAAAGAAGCAACAGCCAAGGAGCCACGUUGUCGCCUGGAUGAGGUGUCGCCUCUCGUUCUCCCUGCUCAGGUCGGCCAUCCUAUGUCUCAGGGGCACCAGACACUCCGGCCCAAAAGCCACCAUCUCCAAUAUGGACUAUGAAGCCACAGUGGUGGAGAGUGACAUUAGGGUGGGUCGGGAGUGACUUGAGUAGGGAAGGAAAGGGGGAUCUAGACGUAAUAGAUGAUAGGUGAUUUAGUGUCAGGUAGUAUUAGUGAUAUGGUUGGAUGCCACAGUCAUUAGCGAACAGAGUUGGGGCUAAUGACCUCCAAGCUAUGGAGCCCUCCAUGAUUAUGUGUCGGGAAAAUAAACAUGGGUGGAGGUAUAAUUUAUGUAGUAGUAGUAGUAGUAGUAGUAGUAGUAGUAGUAGUAGUAGUAGUAGUAGUAGUAGUAGAAGUUGUAGUAGUAGUAGUAGUAAUAGUAGUAGUAGUAGUAGUAGUAGUAGUAGUAGUAGUAGUAGUAGUAGUAGUAGUAGUAGUAGUAAUAGUAAUAGUAGUAGUAGUAGUAGUAGUAGUAGUAGUAGUAGUAGUAGUAGUAGUAGUAGUAGUAGUAGUAGUAGUAGUAGAAGUUGUAGUAGUAAUAGUAAUAGUAGUAGUAGUAGUAGUAGUAGUAGUAGUAGUAGUAGUAGUAGUAGUAGUAGUAGUAGU